AUAUAUAAAAUGGACGAUCUUACACUAGUUACUCAUUCGUUAGUUUGAACUCAAGACGAAUACUAAGCAACAUGCUCAAAUACGUCGCUUUGGUGUGCGUUUUAGUGGCGGUAUGCGCGGCCGCACCGCAGCAGAACCCGCAAGACGUGCAGAUCCUGCGCUUCGACAGCAAUGUUGAGCCCGAUGGCUACAACUUCGCGUACGAGACCAGCGACGGUACCUCCAGACAGGAGGAAGGCAAGCUCGACAACCCUGGUUCCGAGAACGCGGCGCUCACAGUGACCGGCCAGUACGCGUACGUCGCGCCCGACGGCAAGCACUACACCGUCACCUUCACCGCCGGCCCCAACGGCUUCCAGCCCAAAACCUCCUUAGGACAGUAGAACGAUAACACCUUGUACCAACACGCCCAAUAUAACUUGACACGUUUAAGGAGAGCCACAAGAUAGCGAUAACUCUGUCUUGUCAAAACUUGGCAUGUCUUGAAAGAGCGAAAAGAUAUUACCAUUUCAAUUGCACACAUCGUCGUCGCACACGUUGUAUAUCGGCCCGACUAUCUUGUAGUUCUUUCCAGACGUUCCAAGUUAUUUUGGUACUGUAAAUAGUUAAUACUCUCGCCAAGUAGAAUACAUUUGUCAAGUAUAACAUACGAACAGUACUAGAGAUCUCAACUCGCUCCGAGAUCCAGCUAAAUUCACGUGCCAUAAGGACGUCUUUUUUGUACUUUUGUAUAUUUUUUGUAAUAAAAUUAUCAAUGAAUAGCUUUUUGUAAAUA